AUGUCUGCCACUGCGGGCAAGAGCCACACCCCCCCUUCGACCUAUGCGCCACCACCCAAGCGUCGGAACAUCCGAAAAGGCACCCGCAGCUGCUGGGAGUGCAAGCGGCGCAAAGCCCGCUGCACGUUUGAGAAUGCAUCUGACAUAGUAUGCAUUAGCUGCAGCCGCCGGGGCUCGACUUGCGUGAGCCAGGAGUAUCCCGAGGAGACAUCGCAGGCCCGUCAGUCCAGCGAACGGAGGCGGGAACACUUUGCAAAGAUAGGAAAGAUGGUGGUACAGAUAGUGAGAGAAGAGGCCAUGGCUGAGCCCAGUCCUGAUGUGGUCGAUGAUUGGAAGCCAGAGAGUGAAUCCGAGCCCGGGGCUGAAAGGCUUGAUGGAGAACUUGAGACCCCCGACAGAGUUCGGCAUGCCGCCGCACAUAUUACGGCUCAGAAAAGUAUCAGUACGCUGCCACCGCAUUCAGGUCUUGAUGUUCCGGCUACCAAACCCAUCAAUGACUCUGGGCAACCAGCCAAAGUGACCUCCCCCGGGGCCCUCCCAACACCCAGAGACGUUGCUGGCGUCAGCCAGUCAAUGGGACGUACAUCCGGAUACUUUAUGAAUAUCAUGAUCUUGCCUUACAGCCAGCUCCAGCUCUACAACUUCCGCAUGGAAGUCCCGGAUCUUCAUUGCCCAGAAGUGCACCCAAUUCUCAAGGCCAAAAGGAUGUUGAUGUUGGCAACCAAUAUUCAGAGUCUUCAACCAAAGUCUCAAAGACUAUCGUGUCAACUGUCAGCACCGCCAGCGACACUUGUCCAGCAACUCAUGAAAGCAGCUGCAUAUGUUGGGACCAGGACAUGCCCUGCUGUCUUUGUCGAAGAGCUGGAAUGCCUCAUGCUUGAAGCUGUUCUGCUCGCCAACGGUGGUCAUCUGCAGCACUCCUGGCUUGUCUUUCGCCGACUGGUAGCUGACGCACAGCUGAUGGGUCUUCAUCGACGUCAACAUUCGGUAAAAGCCCUCGAUCCCCACAACAAUCUUGACACCAGGUUCUUUUGGUUUCGAAUCCUGUACACGGAAAGACUCCUCUGUUUGCUGCUUGGCCUUCCGCAGGCUAGCACAGACUGCACAAUGGGCGACGAGGCAGCAUUGCUGGUGGAAGAACAUCCUGUUGGCCGCCUAGAGCGCAUGCACUGCGUCAUUGCCUCAAAGCUGCUCCAACGGAACGACAUGGAGACAAAUUAUGAUCAAGAGACGAGAAACAUUGACCAAAAAAUACAACGAGCAGCGCAGUCGAUGCCACCGCGAUGGUGGUUGAUGCCGAACUUGGCUGGAAUCUCGGACGAUGCUCAGGGCUUUGCAGAGACGAUAAGGCUGACAAACCAGCUAUUUCAUCACUUCCUAAUUAUCCAGCUUCACCUACCCUACAUGCUUCGUCCGACUGCCAGCUCCAAGCAGAGGGAUAGCAUGACGACCUGCGUGAACUCCAGUCGCGAGGUGAUGGUGCGGUUCAUUAGCUUUCGCAGCAUCCAAAGCGUCGCCUUUUACUGCCGAGCCAUUGACUUUUUUGCUCUCAUAGCAUCGAUGACCCUUCUGCUGGCGCAUAUCGACAGUCACCAGAACAAUAAAGGGGAGAGCCUGGCUUAUCAGCGGCCUAGUGACCGCGCUCUCAUCGAGCAGGCGAUGGAGUAUAUGGAUGACUUUAAUAAAUGCUCUCAGGAUAUUCUCUCCAAGAGAAGCGCUGACGUGAUCCGGAAUUUAUUGGAGGUUGAAAACCAAGCAUUCAGCAAGCAUGGGCCUACAGGGGAGACCCAGAAACACACCCAUAAGAGACACUCCAUGGACGGGCAUAGGUUGCAACUCAACAUUCCAAACAUCGGGACGGUGCACAUCUCGUGUGACAUUAUUGCAAGACACGAUGGAUCACCGGAAGGAUCUAGUGGCGACACAUUGAGAACAUCAUCGAAGGAGGACCGCACCAACCUGGUUAUGCUGAGCGAAUUCAUUGCCCCCGAAGAACCAAUGGCCCAGAUCGCCGAACCACACGAAGUAAAGAAUCAACAUGAAGCUGCAGACCCGAGCAACAGCUUUGCAGAACCAUUCCACCCGAUUUGCGAGGAAAGUAUGGAAGUGUGGCUACAUGGACCAGAUAAUCUCUUUCAAGGUAUUGAUCUGGCUCAUUUUGACCUAGCUUAA